GUCAACUUUUUUCUCCCAUGGAAUGGGACCUCCUCGCGAGAGGGUCGUGUAAACUGUGCAAACACACAAGCUGCAAGUGUACAUGCAUUCCAGAGGGCCAGGACUCAGUCGCAUUCUCGUCCUUGUUCAGUUCCUCGUUUUAUUUUCGCCAUCUGUAAACGCAAUUGCGGGGAAAGACGGAUGAGCCUCUGCCCUAGUUUGAGCAACAACCGGCGCGAUCAGACAGCCUCAGGCCCAGGUUGAGCCCCGGCAGAUGCACGCAUUUGUGUACAUGUGCGUUUCCAGUGCGUAAAGGGAUACAAUGUAGGCUGUUGCACGUCCUGCGUAGAAGUGCCUCGUGUUGAUCGCUUACCAAUGAGUCUCGCAUUAUCGACGCCGGGGCCCUCAGUAGUCGCACACGUACUUAUCGAACAUCUGCCGCGAAUGUUCCGUUGAUAGUUUUUUUAUGGUGCGUCGCGGUUGUUGUCGUCAUUGCGCCAUUCUUCUGCUUGGUUGAUAAAACCCGCUCCUACCACUUCUUUGGAUUCAAGUUCGCGGUCGUUACGGCGUGUUAGUCAAGAAAAAACAUCGCGAUCGCGAUAUUGUGUCGCCGGUUGCCGGUUUCUUCGAGUUCUUUAAGAUUUUCUGAAGAAGAGCGAAGGAAAAAAAUUCAACUCACCUUCUCGAGUCGCGUGCAGUGCAAUUCGCGCAUUUAACUCCCAAAAUCGCGCCGUAGAUGAUCCGUCCCGCGGCUUUUAACGUGCGUCCCACGUGUGUCGCGGCUAACACAUAACAUCAAAAUUCAGUGAGUGAAUUAUGUUUGAUGGUCAUUCAGAAGUCCCUUCCCGGUUUAGUGAAACCCUUUAAAAUCUAUUGUCAUUGAGGUCAAAUUGUGAGAAAUUAUGAAAGUGCUGUGGUUGAAAAUUCUGUGCACAUGCCUGAGUGGAUUACUAUUGGCAGCGGACUCCGCGAAAGGAUCAUCCCAACACCACAGGAUAGUUCAUCAUGAUUGGAAACGAUCCGAAGUCAUGGACGCCAAUGGUCUCUACGUCUUGGAGUGGUGGACGAAGCCAAAGGAGAUAUUUUUCCGUGUUACAGUCAACACUGUAGGAUUUAUUGGGUUAGGAUUUUCACCAAAAGACGGAAAAAUGGCGAAAUCAGAUCUUGUCCUUGUUUGGGUCGAUGAUCGAACUGCGAAACCGAAUGCUUUGGAUUGUCAUGGAUCCAGUACAGGAAACGGAGCUCCAAUCCAGGACGAUACGCAGAACUAUAACAUCAUCAGUGGGAGCCAAAAUGGCACACAUACGCAAGUCGAAUUCUCGAGGGAACUGGAAACAUGUGAUCCGCAUGAUGUACAAAUUGGAAUGGAUACCAUAAAAGUUUUAUGGUCGUUCGGUGAAAAGGACCCGAUACAUGGAAAUCUAAAAGGACACGGCACGAAUCGUGGCGUGAAAUCGCUUCAUCUGCUUGAACCAAUGUUCAGGAAGCCAACAAAUCGAAAUGAAAUCAAACAAUGGGAUGUUACAGUUCGAAAUGUUACAGUGGACAGUAAUAUGGAUACUUUGUACUGGUGCAAAAUCAUGAAGAUACCAGACCUCCCGGAAAAACAUCACAUAAUUGGCUACGAAGCGUUAUUAUCAAAAGAAAGUACAACCAACAAACCACUGGUACAUCAUAUGACACUAUUCGAAUGCUCUGCCAUGUCGUAUCCUAGUUCGGAUCCAGCAUCUUGGGACGUCUGGGUAAAGAGUAACGGGGCCGUCUGCAACAGCAAUUUAUUAACGCCAAUGGACUGGGACUCAUGUAUCUCGCCUGUCGCUGUCUGGGCUGUUGGAUCAUCCGGACAAUUUUUACCGCAACAUGUUGGAAUUCCAAUUGGAGGGACGAACGGCCCGAAAUAUUAUAUGUUGGAAAUUCACUAUGACAAUCCCAAGGCGCAAAAAAUCGUGGACAAUUCCGGCUUCAGGAUACAUUAUACCCGACACCUAAGGAAGAAUGAUGCCGGUAUGAUGAUCUCAGGGGUGUCUGUGUCCGACACCCAACUUAUACCACCUGGACAAAAACUGUAUCGCAACAUUGGAAUCUGUGGACAAUCUUGUACAAGCGCAAUGUUUCCGGAAGAUGGUAUCAGAAUAAUAUCAGGAACCUUACAUUCACACUUAGCCGGACGCAAGAUGAAACUACGCCACAUACGCGAUGGCAAGGAGCUAGAAAGGAUAAUAGAAGACGACAAUUAUGAUUUCAAUUACCAGCAAGUGCGACAACUGGGAAAUGAAACUGUUGUUUUGCCUGGAGAUAUAAUAAUUACAGACUGUGCAUAUGAGACAAGCAAUCGCAAAUGGCCGACAUUUGGAGGAUAUUCAACUAAGCAAGAGAUGUGCCUUUCAUUCCUCACAUACUAUCCAAGAAUCGAUUUAGCUGGAUGCUAUAGCAUGACACCGGUACGCGAAUUCUUCGAGACGUUUGGAGUCUAUCAGUUCUACGAAUUGAACAUGACAGAUGUCGAAAACCUGUUUUUAUACAGGGGGAAUAUCGUCGAUUUGUUACCAACAACCGUACUGGCAACUGUCCCGCCAACGAAAUUGCCAAGCAAUAAAAGCAUUCAUUCGGAAAAAGGAAUAAAGGAUAAAAUGUAUGCUGAUGAAGAGGACGUGCUCCUCCAACAAUCACUACUAAAUAAGCUGCUUAUAUCAGACCCAGUGGAAUUCCAUGACAGGACCUUCCUAUCGCAUCUCAACCAGUUGCCUUGGAACGAACCAUUGUUUACGAAGCGUGUGGAGCAACUGAUGAUAACGGGCAAACAUAUGACGUUCUGUAGGGUGGUUAACGAAUCUGUGUCAAUACCACCUGAGAUUAUGCGUUAUCCCAACUUUACCACGUACGUUAAACCGGCAAGUCAUUGUCCCUUUCAAAUACCUAUUGAAGAAGCAUCUCCAAGCUCUCAUCCACAAAUUUAUAAUCCUUCAAGUCUGAUGACCGCUCUCUGUCUAUUAGCUUUAAGAUACCUUAGAGUUUAAUUUCCUAGGCUUAAUCAUCUCAGUCCUAAAAUAAGGUUUUUAAAAUA